AUGAUGAAUUCACUAAUUCGCCGGCCAUUUUCUAUUGCUGUUCAACGAUUCUGCCAUCGGAGCUUCUCCGCUUCACUUCCAUAUGUUAAUGAUGAACUGAAAGCUAGUCGCGUGGAAGGGGGCACUAAUAUUCAUCCAUUGGCCGUUGUUCAUCCGGAUGCCAUUUUAGGGCAGGGUGUUUCCAUUGGUCCUUUUUGCACCGUUGGACCUUUUGCGAAGUUGGGAAAUUCUUGUCAAUUAUAUCCUGGGAGUCAUGUUUCUGGAAAUACAGAGCUAGGAGAUAGCUGCACUGUGAUGAUGGGUGCUGUAGUUGGUGAUGAUCUUCCAGGCCGUACAGUUAUUGGAUAUAACAACAUUAUUGGGCAUCAUGCUGUCGUGGGCAUCAAGUGUCAGGAUAUGAAAUACAAGCCAGGGAAUGAAUGUUUUCUUGAGAUUGGUGACAACAACGAGAUAAGGGAAUAUUCAUCUAUUCAUAGGUCUUCACAUCCAGACGAAAGAACAGUUAUUGGGGAUAACAAUCUUAUGAUGGGAUCUUGUCACAUAGCCCAUGACUGCAAAGUGGGUAACUGUAACAUUUUCGCAAAUAAUACUCUAUUGGCUGGCCAUGUUACUGUGGAGGACUAUACUCACACAGCAGGGGCAACAGUUAUACAUCAGUUUUGUCAUAUAGGUUCUUUUUCAUUUAUAGGUGGUGGCUCAGUGGUUUCUCAAGAUGUUCCAAACUACACAAUGGUCUCUGGCGAACGAGCUGAAUUACGUGGAUUAAAUGUAGAAGGUCUAAGGCGUCGUGCAUUCUCGAAUGUGGAGAUCAGGAGCUUGAGAAUGGCUUAUAGAAAAGUUUUUAUGCCUAGUGAUGAAAAUUUACAUAGUAUCGAAGACCGCCUGAGUGAAUUGGAUAAAGAUAACGAAUUGGGUCAAGUCCCGGUCGUUCGUACUAUGUUACAAUCCAUUCGAGAUUCGUUUAUGGAGGGACGUCGUGGGAUAUGCAAGUUUAGGUCAUGGACUGGAUCUUAA